UCCUGUGCCCAUCCCAACGGCGGCACCAUGAGUACCCUUACCGACCCUGUUUUGACGGCAAGGAGGAGAGAGCAACUGUAUGGGGCUUCUAGAGUGGAUGAAAUACGGUCACUCCGAACAUCGCUGACUCAAGACCACAUUUCUACAUUGAACAGCGAUCGUACGAAAAUACCACCAUGGGGGAGCACCACAAAAUUCGCUUACAAGGGUACACAACCAGACAAGAUGACAGCAUUGUCUUUGGACUCCGGGCUACAGAACCAGGCCCAUUUUGAGAUGCGCGGGGAAGGGGCGUCAGUGGACAACGGUCUGUACCUCAAGUCACUCACGAGCAACGACUACAAGAAACAUGAAACGCGAAGGACACUAGCGGCCCGUCCAGAAAAUCAAAUAAAUUUACCGGACAUGAACCCAAGAUUCUUCCGCGACCAGACGUUCGGUUCCUCGUUCUACAAUUCAGAUUUCAGCAAAACUCUUCAGCGAGAAUCCACUCUUCCUGAUCUCCAAAAGGCAAGAACAGAGAUGCGUCGACGAAACGUAAAAGACAUCAGAACCACACAUUUCGAUUUGGGCAACGAUAACCCGAACUUUCAAACUGAGACCAUUUCAUCGUUCAACUCGAGACCUCGCAGUGUACGUCUUGAACCCCUUCCACCAACUCUUGCCCUACAGAGGUCCAAGACGGAACCAUUAGAACCAGCCUCCAUGGUCCGUAAGAUGCUGGAAGAGGAAAGAGAAUCUUACGUAUUCAGAAGAGGAGAUUACAAUGUCACAGCUCCUAAACCCAAGCUGUCGACGUUCCAGAGAGAUUAUGAUGCCAUGCCCAAAGAGCCCAAAGCUGCGGCAUUUAUUGAACCAACGCAAAUUGCCAAAGGACGAUUCCUGCAGGAUGCUGACAUAUUGAAAGCAAGCAUUAAAGAUGAGAUGAUCCUGACCCCUGAAGAUGAGGCGACGAAGGCGACAAUGGUUUCCCUGAACAAUGGCGCCAUCUUGAAAAACAUCCUACUGCAAUAUGACAUCAUGAAAACCGGGUAUAUCAACAAGGAAUCUCUGCAGCGUGCGUGUAAUAGUUUAUUAGAUCCCAUACCGCAACCUGUCCUAGAUAAAGUAUUGAAGUCAACGAAGGAUGGACCUGGAAAGUCAAUCGACUACUUAGAUUUCAUCCGCCAGUAUAACCUUAAAGCUAUUUCAGCCUCCAUUUCCAAUGCCAGGGAAGUGAAGCCGAGUGUCACUAGGGAUGUAUCCGCACCCAGGAGUGCCGGGGGCUCGGGUGGUACCGGCCCCGUUCUGGUAAACGCUUCGUCUGGAAAGGAUUACCAAACCUCCGUACAUUUUAAGUUUGGUACCGAUGAGGAGAGGUCAAACACUAUAUACAACAAAGACUACGACUCGCAGAUCCUUAAAGCUGACGAGAAACCUACCAAGGUGCAAGGACCAAAGUCAUCCGAGGUCAUGCAUACGAUGCAAACGCCGGGUGGGGUCGAAGUGAGCACAAAGCAAAGUGAUUUUGUCAGCUUCCUAGAUGUGGACAAGGUACAACUACGAAGCAUUCUUGUGACGAGGGAUAAACAAGGGUUGAAGAAUAAAGAGCGUCAUGAUAAAAAUAGCGUUAUAUUUACGUGUGAUAAAGACAGGGAUGCCAAGGACAGACAUCACUCAUUAUCACAUGAGAGUUACGUCAAAUUUGCACCAUCUACCAAAGUCACCAUGGCGCCACCUUUACCGAAGUACCGUUAUUUGGACAGUAAUGGGGCCCUUCCGUACCCCGCAAACAUGCCCGGUAGAUCGGAGACGAUCGAAGCGUACAACGGCUGCAACCUGUCCAUGCCCGAAGAGACCGAACAAAAACUUACGGCAUUCAAAGCCGAGAACAGUGAGAGGGUCAAAGACAGUAGGAGGGUGCAUUUUAAGUUUGGUAAUGAUGCGGCAGAACAUAGCACGGAGGCCAAGGAUAACUUCGUGGAGUGCAGGGCCGUCGGGGAUGAGAUUCCGGCGGCGGGAACGAAGAACCAAGGCGAGCCGCAAUAUCCACAUCAAAAGAUCAGCCAAAACACGGAAGAUUUGAGCGGGAAUCCGAUGGCACCAGGCAUAUUCGACAGCAUUCGGCUGGCAAAGAGAUCCUACUACAACACGGCGCCAAAUCCAUCUGACCCACUUCACAUCAAACUGCGUCGAGUCAUCAUGGAGACAGAUCCCCAGCAUACUGGUCACGUGACAAGGAGGAAACUCAAAGAGGCAUGCAGCCAGUUCAAGAUCAAUGUCAGCGCUAAUGUCUUGGAUGGUCUUAUUCAGAGAUGUGAUAAGCAUGGAGAUGAUAAAGUCGACUACCAUCAGUUCAUACGGUCCCUUACACUUGAGCAGGUCCCCGAGUCUGUGUCGUCAUCCCACACAGCCUCCCUGAUGAGAAACGACUACAGACCAAUCGAUCAGAGAAGUUUCACCAAUGCUCAAUUAUUAACAAUGCAACACAUGCAGAUGAAGCCUGUCAAACCUCAACAGAGUCACUUCUUCCACAGAGACACAGCUGAAGAAAACCAGUUUACAUCGGUUACCAACCAAGAUUUCAUCAAGCCAGAAAUGAUGGCAGCUUCCAUUUAAUCACUGUGCAGCAAUAGACAAGCAAACUUUUGAUGUAUAUAUUUUUGUAAAAAACUGUUUACAAUGUACUUAUUUUUUUUUGGCUGCCACCUAAAAUGCGCUGAAAAAAAUAUUACAUUUUUAAUUAAGAAUUAUAUGUGCGCUUUUUCACUGUGUAAAUUAUUGUAUAUAUACCAAUGUGCGCUUUUCAUUGUGUAAAUAAUGUAACAUAUCAAUGUGCACUUAUUAACUAAAAACAUACACGCAAGUGGAGAGUUUUGUUUCUUCCCUCAACACCCAGGAGUGGAAUGUCUGUGCUCUUUUAAAGCAUUAUUAAGAAUUUUCAGAAAUAUAUGGAAUACUUUUCAUAAGUAAGUUUAAAUGCUGUUUUUUUUUGUCUUGCCAAGAGUAUGAGUGUUUUGUGGUGUGUAUUUAUGUCAAACGAUGGCCCCAAUUUCAUAGAGCUGCUUAUAAAAGCACAAAAUUUGCUUAAGCUAAAUAAAUCCUUGCUUAGUAAAAU